UCAGCGGGAUAAGACGGGACCAAUAUAAAUAAAUCCUAGUGCAAAGAUAUUAACAGAGAAAACGUAAUCUAUUUCAUGUCAAGACAGAUUUGGAUUUAUAGAAAAAUGUUAAAUACUGUGACCUAAUUAGUCUCUGUGAUUUUCAUUAUUACAUCACCAACAAGUCAGUUGAAAUUCUGCAACUAACAGUGUGCGUGUGUGUGUUUUCUGUUUUCUCCUCUUUUUAUUGAAAUGGCGGCUAAAGGAUUAAAGGUUAUUUUUAUCAUUAUUAACAUUUUGUUACUGAUGUUUGGGGCCACUUUGAUUGGGCUUGGAGCUUGGGUCAUCGUAGACCAAGAUGGAUUAGUACAGUUAGCCAAAGUUGGUCAUGAGGGGACCUACGAAAACUUCUCUAAACCAGGAAUAUUAGAUGUAAUGUCUGGCAUCGCUGUUGUGGAAGGCAGUUUGACAGUUCUCUUGACCAUUCUGGGCUUCUGUGGUCUUGGUAAAAAAUCCAAGUGCUACCUUGCUUUGUACUCUGGUAUACUAAUCGCCUUAAUCCUGCUUCAGAUUGCGCUCAUAGCAUUAGCGGGUGUGCUUAAAGAUCGGGUCAAUCAAAACCUGCGCAAGGCACUGAAGGAAGUCAUCAAGACUGAAUAUGAAGGCUUUGUGGAGUCUGAGAGCAAGUUUUCAAGAUCUCUAGACAUCGCUCAAGUGAUGUUUGAAUGUUGUGGCUUAGACAGCUACCUAGAGUUUAACAGCACUGCAAUGAAAUGGACAGACAGGACGUCUAAUCAGAUCCCCAAGACGUGCUGUAAGCUGGACAAGGACGCCUACCUGGAAGAAGAACAAUACAUCUUUGUAAAUCGAAACUGCGCCAGACUUCCAACGCCCGAUAUUAGUAACAUUGGCAAAGCGUGCUAUAAUGAUAUAGAGACUUGGAUAAUUAAUAGAAUCGUGGUCACUCUUGCUCUGACAGUCGCAUUCACAACAUUCCAGAUUUUAGGAACGAUCUUUGCGUUCUGUUUGCUACAUGCCUUCAGGAAAAAGAGUCUUGUAUAGCAUCAAAACAGCAAUCGACAUGUUUAAAGAUCUAGUAUUAUUUGUACAGCCUCGUGUGUAAGCCUACAUCUCAUAGCAAUGGUUUCCCUACCCACCACAAUGUGUUCCAUUGUUCUUUUUUUUAGUCUCCACCUUCCUCCCACACAUUACUCCUGAUACAUUUUCCAUUGCUGUGCUGAAGAUGCAGCCGUCGCUUAUUUGCAAUCACGUAACAUGUUGACAUUGACCUUGUGUUGUAUUUCAUAUUUCCAUUUUCGUUUAUUCAUGAUUUUCAUUCAGCACUUAUUAUGAACUCUAUUUAAUAGCAAGGAUAAGAGGACUUUCUUCUCGAGAAUUCUCAAAAUGGAACUUUGAUGUCUCCCUGGUUAAGCGACAUCAUCACCAUUAACAAUCGAACUAGACAUUUUGAGGAGCACUGAAAUAUGCGCCAGUUUCGGACUCAGAAUAAACAGGUUCUGGACCGAUCACCCUAAAUGAAGACAUCGAGUGCCGAAAUUAGAAUGCAAUAUAGGCCUAUGUGAUGGUGUCUGUCCUAUUUGGCCUUUAAAAAUGAUGGUUGUAUUUCAUUUAGGUGUACUGAAUGAGACUUGUUAAUUAUUUUUGUGUGUGUAUUUUGGUAGCUACUGUAAAACAUUAAUCACUGUCAUCCUUCAAGAUACAGUGGAGGGAGCACAAAGAAAGGGUCGUCUAAGGAAAAGCUGGCUGGACCGUCCUUUCUCUUGAUAUCUUGCUAAGAACAGCAGAUGACCGACCGAUGAACUGUCCCAGCACUCCUAUG